AUGGCUUCCGUUCUGCGGACGACGCUCCUCACGCUGCUUGUGACGGCGCCGUUUGUCGCGGCCGGCCGGGCACAGUACUGUCGCUUCGACCACGAGAAUGGCGAUGUCCUCGACUUCUGCAUGGCCGUCACCAGCCGCCGAAACGACACCACCGCCGCCCAUGAUCUGUAUUUGGCCAUGCAGGUAGCGCGGUCGUCGGCGAACGGGUGGAGCGCCUUCGGCACCGGCCCCACCAUGGCCGGCGCCAUCAUGUUCAUCGUCUACGGCGACCCCACAUCGGGCCGCGAUCCCGUCCUCAGCGUCCGCACUGCUGACGGCCACCAUCAGCCGCACGCCAUCGACGCCGCGGCGGCAGGCGGUGCCGAGGUCCACGUCCUGCAGACCACCUGGGAGCCCAUCAGUACCGCCGCACACGGCUCGCCGCUACUGCGCCGGCACGACGACCACGACGACAGCAAGGACGAGCCGCACACCCCGCCCACGCACAUCGCCAACGUCUCCGCCGUGUGCUACGGCUGCGACCGCUGGCCCGGGUCGCCCAUAAACGCGGCGGCGACGUCGCAGCCGUGGCUGUGGGCACGCAACAUGCGACAGGAGUUCAGCGGCGCCAACGACAGCGCCUACGCCGCCGAUGCGCGCCUCGAAAUGCACAAGCACCACGCCUCGAGCGGUGGCUGGGGCCGUUUCUAUGUCAAUAUGUUUGAGGCGGCAGCUACUGCCGAGUCCGAGCCGGCGGUGGCGGCCAGCCCGUUGUCGCUAGUGCCACCCAUCGUACUGAGCGUGGGCAGCUUUUCUGCGACGGACGAUGCGCCAGGAAGCGGCUUUCUGGCGGGGCUGUGGGAGCGGCCGGCGGCGAGCGCACACGGCUUCCUCAUGGGCACGGCGUUCAUGGCGCUGUUCCCGCUCGGCGCCGUGCUGAUGCGGACGGCGUCGGGAAACUCGUUCAAGCGGCACUGGGUCGUCCAGCUGGUAGCGACAGGGCUCGCGUGGACGGGCGCCGCCGUCGGCCUGGUCAUGACGCGCUUCCGUUUUCCUACGACACUGCACCAGUGGCUCGGCAUCGCAAUCGUCUCGGCGCUCGCUGUGCAGGCUGUCUUGGGCUGGCGCCACCAUGUCGUCUUCUUGCGGCUGCGGCGGCGCACUUGGAUCUCGCACGCGCACAUCUGGCUGGGGCGGUCGGGGAUCGUGGCCGGCUGGGUGAAUAUCUUGCUAGGCAUGGUGCUGUCGGGCUACGGGGGCCUUCGCGUUGGGUUAGUCGCCGCUAUGGUCGCCGUGGAAGCCGCGGGCGUCGGGGUUUGGCUGUGGACUGCACAGCGGAGGGCUGCGGCGUAUGGCGGAGUUGGCCAGGCAGAGGCCCACGCGUUGAUGCCGAGGGGAGGCCCGGCGGAUGACUACUUUACGUUGGAAAUGAGCGAUGACGAGAACGACGAUGACGAAGACGAUGGUGUAGAUGGCGGUGACAAGGAGGAGAGGGAGAGGCUGCGGCGCAAGUCGGGCGCUGACGACGUCUACAUCUCGCAGAGAAACGUGGACAGCGAUGUCCUGAGAACGCCCCCCGAAGACAUGCCUAGGAGACUGCAAGCCUUUUUGGCGAAGGCAAGGAUCCGUCAGGGACACGGGGCUGGACAAGACUCUGGGCCGUCGCAAAUCACAAGUCAGGCUCGCUCCAAACCUGAAUCAUCAGACCAUGUCAUCGCUCCUUCCCCCCUGGAAUUGAAAGGGCGAGAAGAUGACGACGACGGGCCUGGCAGCGACGCGCCCGUUACCCAAGCUCAAGAACAGGACGAAUCGGCUGAGCACGUCGACAUCAUUGCCGUCCACGGCCUGAUCGGGCACUGGACAGGAACGUGGCAGGCCCCGGAUAGUGCCAUCUGGCUGCGAGACCGAAUCCCCCGUCUCCUUGCAGACGCCAACGUCGUGUGCCGCGUGAGGUCAUUUGGUUACAACUCCGCCUUUGCUUUCACAAAGGGCGAGACGGACAUUGCAGGCUGUGCCAAGACCUGA